CUGGACGCAUUACUAGGGCGACGGGCCCGACGCCUCCUGCUUCGGGAUGAAUUAGCGGCGGGUUCUGCACCCAGGUUGUGACCUCCACGGAUUCUGCAGCUCACCCACGCUCUCUCCACUGCGUCGCGCGUAGUCCUCUGCUGGCCACAGAAUCAUGGUGUCAUGGAGAGGGAUAUACUUUAUACUCACUCUGUUUUGGGGAAGCUUUUUUGGAAGCAUUUUCAUGAUGGGUCCCUUUUUACCUUUAAUGUUUAUAAGCCCAUCUUGGUAUCGCUGGAUCAACAACCGGAUUGUGGCAACCUGGCUCACGCUACCUGUGGCGUUGCUGGAGACCAUGCUUGGUGUGAAAGUGGUUAUAACAGGUGAUGCAUUUGUUCCUGGAGAAAGAAGUGUCAUUAUCAUGAAUCAUCGGACAAGAAUGGACUGGAUGUUCCUAUGGAAUUGUCUGAUGAGAUAUAGCUACCUCAGAUUACAGAAAAUUUGUCUCAAAGCCAGUCUCAAAAGUGUUCCUGGAUUUGGUUGGGCUAUGCAGGCUGCUGCCUAUAUCUUCAUUCAUAGGAAAUGGAAGGAUGACAAGAGCCAUUUUGAAGACAUGAUUGAUUAUUUUUGUGAUAUCCGUGAACCACUUCAACUACUCCUAUUCCCUGAGGGGACUGAUCUCACAGAAAAUAGCAUGACUCGAAGUAAUGAAUUUGCUGAAAAUAAUGGACUUCAGAAAUACAAAUAUGUCUUACAUCCAAGAACUACAGGCUUUACUUUUGUAGUUGACCGUCUAAGAAAAGGUAAGAACCUUGACGCCGUCCAUGACAUCACGGUGGCGUACCCUCACAACAUUCCCCAGACAGAGAAGCACCUCCUCCUCGGGGACUUUCCCAAGGAGAUCCACUUCCACGUCCAUCGGUACCCCGUGAACACCCUCCCCGAGUCCAAGGAGGACCUCCAGCUCUGGUGCCACAAGCGGUGGGAGGAGAAAGAAGAGAGGCUGCGCUCCUUCUAUCAAGGGGAGAAGAAUUUUUCCUUCACAGGGCAGACGGUCGUUCCUCCUUGCAAGUCAGAUCUCAGGAUCCUGGUGGUCAAAUUUCUCUCCAUCCUCUACUGGACCCUGUUCAGCCCCACAAUGUGCCUGUUCAUCUACCUGUACAGUCUUGUCCGGUGGUAUUUUAUCAUCAUCAUUGUCAUCUUCGUGCUGCAGGAGAGAAUAUUUGGGGGACUGGAGAUCCUCGAACUUGCAUGUUACCGCCUCUUACACAAACAGCCACAUUUAAACGCAAAGAAAAACGAGUAAGAUGGUUAAGGUUCACGGUGGAAAAGCCUAGGGCAUAUUUCGGAAAUGUUCUAAGCCUUUGUAAAUGGAGAUGCAUUUUUGCAUGACUGUGUCAAAUAUUUCUUACAACCGUCAUUAUUUGUUAAAGAUAUUUUGCACUUAGUUUUGUGGAACAAUAUUGCUACACACAUGAUUUUUUUUUCUUUUUAAAUCUCUGAAUGUAAUUUCAACACUGUGUAGCAGGGAGCGAUGGCGGCAAAAUUAACGCGGGCCGGAGUUAAACAAUCAUCAGGCUGUUAGCAGUCAAGGUACACAGAUAUCUUACAGGUCCAGUCCUGCUUCCUGACAAAUUCCCCAGAUGGGAGGCAGAGCUGAAGCUCCUGAGCACCAGCCCAGGUCAAGUGCUGGCACUUGACUGUGGAGGUAAGAGACCUUCCUCCCAGCUCCCUCUCGGCGCUGUCCCUGCACCCCUUUCCAUGCCAAACUCUUGCAUCCUUCCUUAAGGCCAGAAGACAAAAACCCCUUCUCCUUAAGCCGAACAAACAUUUUGAUAGGAAGCCCUUCAUUAUUCAUGAAACCUUGGCAUUUAGCCUUGCACUGACCGAGACAUCAGAAAACCACCGGUGCCCUUUUCUCAUGCAGAAAAUAAGACCUAGACGAGUCUCAGGGAGCAACCACAGGCUCUCCACUCAGAAACCUUAGUUUAAAUUUUUAAAGCUCGGAGUUCAAACAGUUCAGUUCUUCACUUCUGUGUACCUUUGCAUAUUUAGCACUUGUUUCAUUACAGAGUGUUGGCAGGUGUCGCUUUUCUGCAUUAACAAUGGUAUACAUCAAAGUCACUUACCUUUCAGAGAACAUUCUGGUAUUGCCGUCAGAAACUCACUUUUGAAGUUGUGUCUUAGUUGAAAUAUUUCUUUAAAACCUGCCACAAAAAGGAAGAUUAUUGUAUUUUCUACAUGUGCACGUGUGUCUAACCUCUGCCACUAAAUCAACAACAAAAACACUUGCAGACAGGGCCAUGACGGUUUAAUCUAAAUUAUUCAACCCUUGUAGCCUUGACAAAUUUUAUUAAAAUCAAAAUGGUGACAAAAAUGAAUCCUUUCUUAAUGAUAGGGAUCUCUCUCUUUUUUAGUCUCAGGCUUCCUCUUUCACUAGUAAAAUUUAAGCCCGCUUUUGACCAAUUGUUCUCCUAAAUAUUCCUGUCGUUUGGAGUCAGUGGAAAAUCCAGCAAGCCAACAGUACCAAUCUCCUUCUGGGGCAAAAAAAAAAAAAGAAAAGAAACGUGGUCGAGGUUUCCACUCCACUGGAGCCUGGCAAUUACUUUUUAAAUUUAUUUAUUUAUUUAUUUUGUCCGAAUGGGAAUGCUGGUCAGAGUAGCAGAAAAGAUGGGGCAAUUAAAAGUCUUGUGCUGUAAAGCAGACCUGCCUGCUUAUUCCUGCCUUGAACCAGCCUCAAACACUCUUUCUAGCUUGGUAUACUCUUGGCGCAAGUGCUUUCUCAGUGAUGUCUUAUUUUUGCUGGACGGUGAUUUCCAUCCAGUGAACAGUGGACACCGGCAUCGCCAGGAAAGGCAAGCACGCUGUGAGCUGGACUUACCAGGCAGACUCUUCCGGAAGGUCCUAGUUGCAGCAGCCCUCUGUCAGCACACCACCUUCACUUGGAGAGUUCUAACUAGUGCCUCUACUGAAGGCCCAGCCUAUCGAACUCCUCCCCCAAGGCUGUUUUCAGUACUGCUGGGGCUUCUGAUUCGUUACUACGCACAUCUGCUCCAGACCCAGCUCUUCAGUGGUUUUAAAGGUGGUUAUUUUUUUUAAACCUCCUCUCCCCCGCCCCAGCCCCCAAUAAAAGAAGUUUUUAAUUUAGGUCUUUCUCAGACUUCUGCUUAUAUUUGGAAGCAAGAAAUAGUUUAGCGAUCAGGAUUGCCCUUGUCCUGGGUGAGAGAGAGGCCGCACUUUCUACCCUACAGGUGUUAGUGAUGUAGGUGGCCAACCCUUCCUCCAAGCUUCCGAUGGCUCCUCUGGCUUUAAUGGCAGGUCCUCUUUAACCCUCUGAAACCUGUAAAGGGGGAACGCUUCCUUUUUAAAACAUGAUUCCUUUUGGUCUUUAAAAAAACAAACAUUUUAUGAUAAAACGCAAGCCCCUUUUUUAGUGCCCAGAACUCAUAAGCCCAGGAACUGAGAUAUUGUACUUGCUCUAAGACUCAGAAGUGGUAACUUUAAAAAGAAAAAAGUUGCCUUUUGGGGGUGUUUUUUGUGUGUGUUUGGGGGUGUGUUUUGUGUUUUUUAGGGGGGGGCUAGAGGGGGUUGCAAUAAGGCUUCUUUUAAAAUUGUAACUAUUUGUAUUCCUACCCAUCUUUUUAUUCCCUUCUUUAAGGAAAUAUAUGGUCCAUGAUUUGGGCUGUAAAACGGAUAGCAAGUAGUGGUUAGUAGUAGUGUCAAGUAGAGGUUAAUGCAGCUUCAGUCCUGCCUGGCCCCAGGAAGGAGCCCCUCCCCCUGGACUCAGCAGCCCCUUGUCUGGCUGCAUAUGGGCCCUCGCCUCCAUCUUAGAGCCCUUUCAGUCCAUCAAAAGUAAACUCAGUGGAGUUUGAAAUGUUUACAGUGCUGUGUGUCCACUUGUCACAUCGUUCCCAUUUGGAAACGUUUUCAAUAAAGCGAGUGUGGUUUAUAGGGGACGUGAAAGAUUACACUUAAAAUAGGAACCUACAAGGAAGGGCGCUGAUGAGGCCACAAGUUUUCCCACCAGGCCUCUCUGAUGAAACAAGCCAAAGGAAUUGUAAAAUUCAGGGGAAGAACGUGGUGGAAGAGUGAAAGAAAAAUAAAUGUCAGAGCCCAUAAUUUAAAGCCCUUCGUAAAAUCCUUUCCUUGUUUGUCAUGCUACUAAAACACAGCUUCCUCUUGAGUCACUUUGAAAUGAGUUACGUCCACAGCCCCAGGUCAGACGUUGUCGACCGUCGGCGGCCGAGACUCCAGGGAGACGCUCCCAUCUCACCCGGACUUCACGCGCCUGACCGUGCUGCCCUUGUGCACUUCUCUAACAGAGACUAAUGGAGGGAGCCUGUUGGUAUUAAAUUGUUUACAUUUCUUUAUAUAAAUAAUGUGCUUUCAGUGCCUUAGUUACAGGUCCCUUUCUUUUUCUUGUUCCAAGAAUCCUGCAGUGUGUCUCUUAGGUAAAAGUCUCUUUGCUAUUCACGGGGAGAAAUAUGGUUUAUAGAACACUGGUCACUGUGGUCAAUACUACUUUAUGAUGACAUCUGGAAAAGAGAACUUGAUGCUGAGGGUAGUGGUUGCCUCAGGGCUGUGAUUUAUAUUGUAGAAAACAAAGAUGCUCUUGUCACAUGAUGAACUUCAGAUUAGAUACGGCCCUAAAGCUGUCUUGUGCCGACCUUAUAUUCUUAUCUCAGAAGAGAAAUCUUGGUUUUGGUAAUUCAUUUUUUAAAAAAGAUCAUUAUGUGCAAAACACUAGGUUUUAAAAAUAACUCACAGAAUGGCCUUAGUUUUCAAUGUCCACUGGUAUGUUUGUGAGUUGUGGUCUCUAGUAUCCAUCCCAGAAUAAAGUGGAAUGAAUUGAAUAGA